AUGUAUAGGGCAUACGCGGACAAUGCUGGUUUUGAUGUUCGUCUGCACGCCAAAAAAACAAACAAGAACGGAGACAUACAAACAAGAUGGUUUGUAUGUAAUAGGGAGGGAACAACAAACAAAAAGUUUUUUGAUUCCAUGGAUAUUCAGUUUGGUGAAAGGAGAUACCGUAACACGAACCUUAAACGGUGUGGAUGUAAUACAUGCAUAAAAAUCCAUUUGAAAAAGGAUAAGUCUGGUUACGAGAUAUAUGAGUUUGUCGAGGCACAUAAUCAUGCACUAUUCAAUACUAACGAUCGACGUUUCUCAAGGAAAAAUAGACAGAUGAAGUAUACGGAUUUCAAAAAUGUCCUGAAUAGCUCGAGCUACAAAGUCGGUGCGAUUAGGGCUCACCGUAUACAAACGACAUUGAAUGGUAGGUUUGAGCAUAAUCGAUAUUCUGAGAUCGACUUUAAGAAUUUCAAGAGAGAUGCAGUUGCGUGUGUUGGGAAAAAGGAUGCGAAGAUGUUGAUCAAUAAACUAUCCAAUAGGCGAGAUAUUGUUCCCGGUUAUUUUUUCGAGUACAAGUGCAAUGAUCAGGAGUUGGGUGCCAUUUUCUUGGCAGAUGAUGUCGCUAGAGUUAACUACAAAGAGUUUGGGGAUGUAAUUUCGUUCGACGGGACGUUUCACACCAACAAGCAUGCGAUGAUUUUUGUUCCCUUUUUGGCGGUUGACAAUCACAAAGCUUCGGUUAUUGUCGGAUCGGCGUUAAUAAGUGGUGAGACAAUUGAAAACUUUACAUGGGUUCUAAGAGCUUUCCUAAAAUGCCAUGAGAAGCAACCAGUUUUUGUGAUUACGGAUCAAUCUUCGGCGAUGAAGCAAGCCGUCCCGUUGGUCAGUGUCGCCCUAAAUCAAGAUCCUCUGUUCAAUAAGGUUAUUAACAAGCUCGUGUGGAACAUAAAUAUUGGCCCAUCGGAAUUCGAGACCAAGUGGCAAGAGAUGACCGAGCAAUACAAUUUAGGUGGUGAUCUGUGGUUCACAGAAAUGUAUGAAAUCCGCGCAUCAUGGAUUCCAGCGUAUUAUAAGGACACACCGAUGUCUGGUCUUAUGAAAAUGACAUCAAGAUUCGAGAGUUCGAAUUCGUGUAUUAACAUAUACGAAUCAUACUGGUUUGAUUUGGUUCAGUUCCUUAAUAAUUAUGACGUUGCUAUAGAGAAACAAAGGUACAAGCAAGCUGUGCAUGAAACAAUAACGAGGACAACGUAUCUAAAGUUGUUUAUUCCAUUGCAUUUAGAAAGUCAAGCAUCAAGGGUAUACAGUCGAAAUGUGUUCUUUGACAUCCAAAAGGAAAUAAAGAAGGCUGUAUGGUUUUGUCGUAUAAAGACUGUCGAAUGUCGGGGUGAUCUCAAAAUGUUCAUUAUAAGCCAUAAGAACAAGAAAUCGUUUGUCAACACCACGUAUCUGGUCUCUCGAAACUACCCAACCAACACGGUCGAAUGCGAGUGCAAUCUAUUCACGCGUAACGGGUAUCUGUGUCGUCAUGCAUUUAAGGUUCUAAUAAACGAYGAAGUUGAAAGUAUUCCGAACCAAUACGUUUUAUGUCGAUGGAAACAAAAUUUGGUCCCUGUUCAGAUACAAUCCGCUAGGGUUCGAUACGGUGAGGUGGAUGCGGAGAAGGGUAAGUCCAUAAUUGAUGUAUACUCCAAAGUCGACGACAUUAUAAGCAUCGCCCGGAAUGAUAAAUCGAUACUGACUAGAUUGGAGCAGACUCUCGACAAUUUCAUGGUUGAUAUCGAGAAAGAGGUACCGUAUGAAGACCUAUCCCAACAAAAGUUGGACGCGAUCAGAGAUCACCUUGGUGUUUCCAUACCAGAUGACGUGGACAUUCUACCACCAUCUGGAAUAAGGAACAAGGGUUGUGGUACUGGUAAGAGGUUGGUAAGCAUGUCUGAGAAAAUACAGUCUGUAAGCAAGAAAACCCGUCGAAAAUGUGCGACAUGUGGCCAACGUACCGGACAUGACUCACGUAAUUGCCCCGAAUUGAUAGAGUAA